AUGGAUUGUGUGAGCCCAAUCUUGGAUGUUGCCACCCGCUUGUGGGAUUGCACCGCCAAGCGUGCAGUCUAUAUUCGCGAGCUUGAAGAAAAUCUCAAUUCUUUGAAGAGCUUAAUGGAGGAACUUAACAACUUAAGUAAGGAUGUGAUGGUAAGAGUUGAGCGUGAGGAACUACAACGGAGUAGGCGCACGCAUGAAGUGGAUGGUUGGCUCAGCGCUGUAGAGGUCAUGGAAGCCGAAGUGAAAGGAAUAUUGCAAAAUGGGGAUCACGAAAUCCAAAAGAAAUGUCUCGGAACCUGUCCCAAGAAUUGUAGGUCAAGCUACAGGCUGGGGAAGAUUGUGACUAAAAAGAUGAACGCUGUGACCGAAUUACAGGGCAAAGGGCAUUUUGAUGUUGUGGCUCAUAGACCGUCUUUUGCUCCGGUGGAUAAGAUGCAGAUGGAGGAGACUGUGGGCUUAGACUUGAUGUUUGAGAAGGUCCGGAAAUGCCUGGAAGAUGAGCAAGUAAGAAGUAUUGGGUUGUAUGGAAUUGGGGGUGUUGGAAAAACCACCCUCUUGCGGAAAAUCAAUAAUGAGCAUUUUGGUAAAAGAAACGAUUUUGAUGUGGUGAUAUGGAUAGUGGUGUCGAAACCAAUCAGUAUAGAAAAAAUUCAAAAUGUGAUCCUGAAGAAAUUACUGACCGGAGAUGACAAAUGGGAGAAUCUUAGCAAGGAACAGAAGGCUGCAGAAAUAGGCGAGUUGUUGGAAGGCAAAAACUUUGUGAUAUUGCUUGAUGAUAUGUGGGAGCGACUUGAUCUCUUGGAGGUGGGGAUCCCUCAUUUGAGUGAUCAAACUAAAUCCAAAGUAGUACUCACUACGCGAUCUGAACAAGUAUGCAAUGAAAUGGAAGUUCAUAAGAGGAUGAGGGUAGAGUGUUUGACACAGGAUGAAGCAUUUUCUCUGUUUUGUGAUAAGGUUGGUGAGAAUAUCCUGAAUUCACAUCCGGAUAUAAAAAGGCUUGCUAAGACUGUUGUUGAUGAAUGCAAAGGAUUACCACUUGCCCUUAUUGUCAUCGGGCGAUCAAUGGCUAGCAGGAAAACUCCUCGGGAAUGGGAGCAAGCAAUACAAAUGCUGAAGAGUUACCAAGAAAAGUUUUCAGGGGAUAUUGAGGAAUAUGAAGAAGGCAAUGUCCAUUCAGGAGGUUUUAUAGUAGUACUACAGGAUUUGGAGUGCUUACAAUACCUGAGUGAGAUAAGUAUCAACUUACAUACAGUCCCAGCUAUUAAAAAAUUUCUCACCUCCCCAAAGCUGCAGAAGUGCAUACAACAUCUGACGAUGUGGACUUGCCAGGGUUUGAAGGUGCUAGAGCUGCCACUUUCGACUUUGGAAAGACUGAGGAUGCUUAAAUUUGAAGAUUGUUAUGAUUUGGAACGUGUGAAAAUAAAUAUGGGAAAUGAAGAAAAGCAGGGAUUUUGUCGAGGUCAAAUCUCCAACUCAAACUUCUGCAACCUCGUUAAUGUACGUAUUCAAGGGUGUCGAUUCUUGAACUUAACAUGGCUAAUUUAUGCUCCAAGCCUUGACAGUCUGUGGGUUCAAGACAGUUUAGAAAUGGAAGAAAUUAUAAGGGGUGAUGAGUGUGGAGACUCAGAAAUUGAACAUCAAAAUCUCAGCAUAUUCUCAAGACUUGAGGAGUUGUGGUUGGAUAAUGUCCCAAAUCUAAAGAGUAUCUACAAGAAGGCCUUGCCAUUUCCUUCCCUCAAAGAGAUGCGUGUGUCUCGUUGUCCAAAUCUAAGGAAAUUGCCAUUGAAUUCCAAUAGUGCCACCAACACUUUAAUAAUAAUUGCAGGGGAUUCAAGCUGGUGGGAGGAGUUGGAGUGGGAGGAUGACAACCUCAAGCACACUUUCACUCCGUAUUUCAAAAGAUGGUGA